AUGGUUAAGAAGGUUCAACCCAAUAACCGCCACCUGACGGUGUUUUCCUCCAAUGCCGUGACGCUGGCUGCCAAACACAUCUACGCCAAAGUCUUCAACUGGAUCGUGGACCAUGUCAACAAAUCUCUACGCGCCACCGUCAAACAGCACUCCUUCAUAGGAGUCCUGGAUAUCUAUGGGUUUGAGACGUUUGAGAUCAACAGUUUUGAACAGUUCUGUAUCAACUAUGCUAACGAGAAACUGCAACAGCAGUUUAACAUGCAUGUGUUCAAGCUGGAGCAGGAGGAGUAUUUGAAGGAGCAGAUUCCCUGGACUCUGAUAGACUUCUAUGAUAACCAGCCAUGUAUCAACCUCAUAGAGGCCAAGAUGGGGGUACUCGACCUGCUGGACGAAGAGUGCAAG